AUGCCAAGGUUUCCCUCGCUUUUAGAUUGUUGGACCAGUCCAUUUCAGCAGGCAUUCAUGACAAUCACGGUUUAUUUCAUCGACAAAGAUUGGAACUAUAGGGAAAUGCUCCUCGGCUUUGAGCCGUUGCACGGUCCUCAUACAGGCAACAACCUUAGUGAUUUUUUGCACCGGUUACUGGAGGAACGAAAACUUCUGGAUCGUAUUUUUAGCGUUACUACAGAUAACGCUACCAACAACGACGCCAUGAUACGCGCCUUGCAAGAGAGACUGCUCUCUAUCGGAGCUAUUAGCUCUUACCCGGCCAGAAGAGAUCUUCUGGUCGGGUAA